UCCACAGUUUUCAUCAGAAUUCUGUACCUACCUCUAGAUUUUUUUCCCAAAUACUUCACAGAGUCCAAAAUUCAAUGACAGUUACUUUUUCAAUUACCCCAGUUGUGCUGACAUCUUAGUAAGUUUAAGGAAGUAAUAUUUCAUGACCAUUGCUAAAUGAUAAACUUUUAUGUAAUACUUUUCAGGAAUAAGCGAAUAACAGAAAAAUGGAGGCCUCGUUGCAGCAAGUUGAAAGUGAGAGCGAAAAUGAUGAUGACAUAUCUGUAACAUUUGAUUUCACAAGAAGGUCAUGGCGAGAUGAUGUUACAUUCCUCAUUGAAGAUAAUCGGCUUUAUGCAAGCAAGGCAAUAUUAGGAAUUGCUUCCCCAGUGUUUGAAGCAAUGUUUGGCUCAAGUUUUAAAGAACGAGAUCAGGAAGAAAUUCCUCUGCCAGGUAAAAAGUUUGAAGACUUCAAUGAGUUUCUUCAUUGCAUUUAUCCAAAAUCGCAAAGGAAAGUAGACAAAGAGAAUGUUUAUAAAGUUCUUCCUCUUGCUGAUGAAUACAAUGUGAAAUCUUUGAUCAAGGAGUGUAAAAAAUUCUUAAGUUCGCAUAUUAUGAGUGCGAGAGCAUCAACUGAUGAGGUAAUACAUUGUCAUGGUAUCGCAACUAAACUUAAAUUAAAAAAUAUUAGAGAAGUUUGUGCAAGACGACUGUCAAAAAUUGGACUUAAAGAAAUAGAAUGUAUGGAACACAUCAGUGAUGCAGAAACACUUCUACAAAUUCAUAAAGAUAUUCUAAGAAAACAAGGUGAAGCUUUUGAGGAAACCCGGACGGAACUGGUUAACUUGUACUUACAUAAAGACCUAACUGUGAAAGAUGAUGUUGCACCAAUAACCCCAUCAGAAGCCAGGGGUUCUAUCAUUAAAUUUGAACCAGUGAUAAAUGCACGUAUACUAACAGAACAUGUUCGAGCACUAAGUCAAUCAGUGACGCUAUGGAAUUUAACCUUCCAAAGCUCUUUGAAAAUAAACUCUGUGAACGACGAAAAAUUCAUUUUUUUGUACCUUACUAUUACAUAUCCAGAGGAUGAGGAGAGAAAAUUAGUAUGCAAAGUUAAGGCAAAAUUUCUGAUUGAACAUGUCGGUACAGAUGAAGAUGCACGGCAUAUUUGUAAAUUAUUGCAUGAAAGGGAAUUCUCAAAUAAUGGCAAUUCAUGGGGAUUUAAGAGAAAAUUAAAAGACCUCAAUGAACUUGGAUAUGUUGCAAAUGACACACUAAAUAUUACAAUCUACAUAUUGGCAAAAAAGCCAUUUUGUAAGAAUUGAUAUCAAAUUUCGUUAGUUGUUGAGUUCAUUUUGUAAAUUUUCAAAGACUACAGAUUUAUUAGAGAAAACCACUGAGAUAUAUAGAAUGCUAAGAAGCUAAAGAGUAUUAAAGUUUGGUAAGAAGGGAGUGAAUCGGGUAUUUUAUAAAGAUAAAUCACUACCCUUGCUUGAAUUGAGGAUCCCUUGCUUGAAUUGAGGAUCGUUUAUAGUAUUUUCUUGAAUUUAUACUAAAUGUAAAUGCUUGUUUUUAAGAUGGAGAAUGUUUUCUGGUAUAUCCGUUCAGAAUUAAAAAGUAAAACCAGAGUAACUGCCUUUAAAUUGUUAAACCCACAGAAGGCAGAGGGAUAUAGUUUUGGCGUUGUCCAUCCGUCCAGGCACACGGGUUAUAUAAUUGAGAAUAUUGCUUAUGUAUUAAAAUAAUCAAGUUAUAUGCUGAUGAAAUUGCCUUAUUUCACUUUGUUACUUUUUAUUUUUGUCUAAAAGUAGAAUUAAAGUGAUUGCCCCUAUAUCAAAGUGCUGAAUAUCUGAAAAA